UGAGCGAUGUCGGACGCGCUGCUGGUGCUCCGCUGUUAGCAGGUGCUUAGUCUCGGAAAUGUCUAAGAAUAAGCAGACAGCUGGACACAAAGGGGCCUACACUUCACAGAAGAAGAAGGAAGGUGAGCCAAGGACCUGCAUACGGUACAGAUGUGGCCUGACCAACACUAUACAGGACGUCCUAAACCAGAGGCCGGGCUGGGUAGAGAUGAAAGACGACGGCGAUUGGGACUUUAACUGGUGUGAUGUUGGGUGGCUAAGAGAGAACUUCGAUCACUCGUACAUGGAGGAACACGUGCGAAUAUGUCACUUCCGCAACCACUACGAGCUGACCCGUAAGAACCUGAUGGUAAAAAACCUGAAGCGAUAUAGAAAAACUUUAGAGCGGGAGGCUGGGCGUUUAGAGGCGUCCAAAUGCGACUUUUUCCCCUGUACGUUUGUGCUGCCUAGUGAGUAUCACAUCUUUGUGGAAGAGUUUAAGAGAAGCCCAGGGAGCACCUGGAUCAUGAAGCCUGUGAGUGCAGUAUUGAUAGCAGUGCACUGUGUACGAUACCGACAAACUGAUCAUCUGUAUGUCAUCCAUCAUUAUUAUACUUUCCCCACACAGGUGGCACGAUCACAGGGGAAAGGAAUUUUUCUGUUUCGAAAACUCAAAGAUAUCAUAGACUGGCGGAAGGAUGGGUCGCGCACUGAAGAACAGAAAGAUGAGGCUCAGGUUGAGAACUAUGUCGCUCAGCGCUACAUUGAGAAUCCCUACCUCAUAGCUGGGAGAAAAUUUGACUUGAGAGUCUAUGUUCUUGUCACAUCAUAUAUUCCAUUGAAGGCCUGGCUGUAUCGUGACGGUUUUGCUCGAUUUUCCAACACCAGGUUCUCUCUUAGCAGCAUAGAUGAUCAGUACGUUCACCUAACUAAUGUUGCAGUGCAAAAAACAGCUCCUGACUAUGAUCCCGAGAAGGGUUGUAAGUGGCAGAUGCAGCAGCUACGGCAGUACCUGACCGCUAAGCAUGGUUUCGAGACAGUGCAGCCUCUAUUUAAAGAGAUCGACAACAUAUUUAUUCGCAGCCUGCUUAGCGUUCAGAAGACCAUCAUCAAUGACAAACACUGCUUUGAGUUGUAUGGAUAUGACAUACUACUGGAUCAAGACUUGAAGCCGUGGCUGAUUGAAGUGAACGCUUCACCCUCCCUCACGGCCAGCAGUCAGGAGGACUAUGAGCUAAAAUACAGGCUGCUGGAGGACACCUUGCACAUUGUGGACAUGGAAGGCCGUCUGACAGGCAAGGAGAAGAGGGUUGGUGGAUUUGACCUAAUGUGGAACGAUGGACCUGUCUAUGCGGAUGUCGGACUAGAGACUCUGGGUUGUUCUUGCCUCGUGGCAAAUACGCAUCUCGGCUGUGUGAACGAUCGACAGAAACAGCUUCUACAGCUUUUAAAGCCUUUCCCAGGACAGAAGAGGAUAUGACAACAUGCAAAUGACAUCAAAUUAGUGUGACAAACUAUUCGUGACAAUCACACAAUUGUUAUAAUAUGCACCUAAGGAUUCAGACGAUUGUAAAUAGGAGCAUUUAAAUGCCCAGAAGAUAUGGCAAAGUCACAGAAAAUGUUCAUUCACAACCUGAAAAUGGCACUUCCUGUGUGAGAAUAUUGAAUUUCCACAACAAAAUACGUACUGCAGACAGAGGCUUUUUGAUGUAAUGAAAACUGUUUAUUUUGUAUCUCAUAAAAAUAGCUGCAUUCAACUCUACCAAAAACUCCCAGCAAAAUAAAAGCACAAUCUGACAAUGAUUGGACAAAAGUAGAUUUUUGUGUGUUUUUUUUGCCUGAUAAGGAAACUUGACACAGUACAUAACAUCCAAGAUGAAAUGGUGCUACAUACAGCACAUCAAGUAUGGAAAUGUGGUACCACGUACUGUAUGGCCUCAACCUGUACCAGCUUUCAAGUCAUAUUCAAGUGCCUCGACAAUGCAUUACAGUACAUAUAAAACUACAAAACCACUACCAUCAUUGUUCCUGCAAAAAUAAAAACAUGCUAUAUUUAGAGACAUGAAUUACAAUGUAAUAACCUGAAAGGUUCUCAAUAAGUAAACAAAGAUAACCUCGACCAUGAUAUCUUAACAGUUUACAGCUCGGGUCCUUCUCCAGCAACAAACCACAAAACUACCGAAAGCAAUCCUAAC